AAAAAUACCAGGAAAGCUUCGCUUGUGUUGAAUUGAACCAUUUGGUUGUAAAUUCUGAUGUCCAUUAUAUGCACAUUUGUACGAAGGAUUGUUCUUUGAAGACAGACCAAAAGCAUGGUGUUGUUGAGUGAAGGAAGCGCGUGAUAAGAGGCAGGAAUAAACGGAAAUGAAGUAUAACCAAACUUGGAACUUUUGCAAGCAACGGGAGGUUUUCUGUCUCUUUUUUUUCUUCCAUCAUUAGAAUCUUGCUUAAAAUGCUCUGAGGACAAAGCAAAAUUUUAAGUGGGGGGUGGGGUUGUAGCCUUGCAUGUUCCAUGUCCUUUGGGAAAUUUUCAUUUUACCAAAACUGCCUAAAUUUAAAAAUUUUUUAAAUUCUCUAUUCUUAGGUCAAGUAAAAUGCGUUGGGCUCCCUCAGUAUCAGAACUUGUGUGGGGAACUCUUCACUUUUGGCCUAACCAAAAUAAGACCUGCCUUACCCGUAGGGCUCAGCCGGUUAGGCUAAAUAGAAUGCGUUGGGCUCCCUCAGUAUCAGAGCUUGUGUGGGGAACUCUUCACUUUUGGCCUAACAAAAACCUGACCUACCUAGCCCUUAGAGAUCAGCCGGUUAGGUCAAGUAAAAUGCGUUGGGCUCCCUCAGUAUCAGAACUUGUGUGGGGAACUCUUCACUUUUGGCCUAACCAAAACCUGACCUACCUAGCCCUUAGAGUUCAACCAGUUAGGUCAAGUAAGAUGCGUUGGGCUCCCUCAGUAUCAGAACUUGUGUGGGGAACUCUUCACUUUUGGCCUAACCAAAACCAGACUUGCCUUGCCCGUAGAGCCCAGUCGGUUAGGCCAAAUAGAAUGCGUUGGGCUCCCUCAGUAUCAGAACUUGUGUGGGGAACUCUUCACUUUUGGCCUAACCAAAACCAGACCUGCCUUGCCCUUAGAGUUCAGCCGGUUAGGUCAAGUAGAAUGCGUUGGGCUCCCUCAGUAUCAGAACUUGUGUGGGGAACUCUUCACUUUUGGCCUAACCAAAACCAGACCUGCCUUACCCUUGCCCUUAGUGUUCAGCCGGUUAGGUCAAGUAGAAUGCGUUGGGCUCCCUCAGUAUCAGAACUUGUGUGGGGAACUCUUCACUUUUGGCCUAACCAAAACCUGACCUACCUAGCCCUUAGAGUUCAGCCGGUUAGGUCAAGUAGAAUGCGUUGGGCUCCCUCAGUAUCAGAGCUUGUGUGGGGAACUCUUCACUUUUGGCCUAACCAAAACCUGACCUACCUAGCCCUUAGAGUUCAACCAGUUAGGUCAAGUAAGAUGCGUUGGGCUCCCUCAGUAUCAGAGCUUGUGUGGGGAACUCUUCACUUUUGGCCUAACAAAAACCUGACCUACCUAGCCCUUAGAGAUCAGCCGGUUAGGUCAAGUAAAAUGCGUUGGGCUCCCUCAGUAUCAGAACUUGUGUGGGGAACUCUUCACUUUUGGCCUAACCAAAAUCAGACUUGCCUUGCCCGUAGAGCCCAGUCGGUUAGGCCAAAUAGAAUGCGUUGGGCUCCCUCAGUAUCAGAACUUGUGUGGGGAACUCUUCACUUUUGGCCUAACCAAAACCAGACCUGCCUUGCCCUUAGAGUUCAGCCGGUUAGGUCAAGUAGAAUGCGUUGGGCUCCCUCAGUAUCAGAACUUGUGUGGGGAACUCUUCACUUUUGGCCUAACCAAAACCAGACCUGCCUUACCCUUGCCCUUAGUGUUCAGCUGGUUAGGUCAAGUAGAAUGCGUUGGGCUCCCUCAGUAUCAGAACUUGUGUGGGGAACUCUUCACUUUUGGCCUAACCAAAACCUGACCUACCUAGCCCUUAGAGUUCAGCCGGUUAGGUCAAGUAGAAUGCGUUGGGCUCCCUCAGUAUCAGAACUUGUGUGGGGAACUCUUCACUUUUGGCUUAACCAAAACCUGACCUGCCUUGCCCUUAGUGUUCAGCCGGUUAGGUCAAGUAGAAUGCGUUGGGCUCCCUCAGUAUCAGAGCUUGUGUGGGGAACUCUUCACUUUUGGCCUAACCAAAACCUGACCUACCUAGCUCUUAGAGUUCAACCAGUUAGGUCAAGUAAGAUGCGUUGGGCUCCCUCAGUAUCAGAACUUGUGUGGGGAACUCUUCACUUUUGGCCUAACCAAAACCAGACCUGCCUUGCCCCUAGAGUUGAGCCGGUUAGGUCAAGUAGAAUGUGUUGGGCUCCCUCAGUAUUAGAACUUGUGUGGGGAAUUCUCACUUUUGGCCUAACUAAAACUAGACCUGCUUUGCCCUUAGAGUUCAGCCGGUUAGGUCAAGUAGAAUGCAUUGGUUCCCUCAGUAUGAGAACUUGUGUGGGGAACUCUUCACUUAUGGCUUAACCAAAACCAGAUUUUCCUAGCCUUUAAAGUUUGGUUGGUUAGGUGAAGUAAAAUGCUUGCAAUUCUCGUGGAAUGUUCUUAAAAAAAAAAUUUAAGUUUGCUGAGUUUGAGAUUGGGUAUGGAAAUAACCGUCCUUUUUAACUUAAAAUUUUGAUGAAAUUGUAUUUUCUUUUAUUGGGUCAGAUUUUUCUUUCGAAAUUUGGAAAUUUUCUUAAUUCAUGUUUCUGUAAUGUAGAAUGGGUGUGAAACAAUGUUAGGGUCUGAAAUCUUGGAAGAAUGUUGGGAUGAGGAUUUAUAAAUUAAUUCCUCUUUCUUAGAAGGAUCUGAAUCUAUAUAAAGGUUUUUUUCUAUGUUUCCAUUCAUUUGUGGUAAUCUUGUAGGUUCUUUAAUUCUCGGUGAAAGUUCUAGGAUACUUUGAGGUGCUCUAUCUUGAAAUGCAAAGGACUCCACUUGAGUUACUCUUCACCUUAGAGUCAUGCAUAUCUCAAGUCUCUCAAAAGUUUUCCUCUUUCGUUUUAGUUGUACAUAAGAGAAGGGAUAGAGAUUUCUGAAGGUAGAACAAUCAAUAAGUAGAAGAAGAUGAAGAGAAAGGUUAGUGAAAGUAGAAAGAACAUAAAGGUUAACUAGUUUUGCUAGGUUUAUCUUCUUCACUGCUUUUCAAUCUGUGUGUGUGAAGAAUUUUAUAAAAUGAACUAUCUUUCAACUUCAUUUAUGACUUCUUUUGCAUGUAGAAAUUUAAAGGAUAUGCUUCAACAAUGAGCCUAACGGUUACAUCAGAAAAUAGGUAUUUUGUUUUGAUUUUUUUUUUCUAGCCAACUUGGUUAGCCUAUCGAAGCAUUGCUAGAGGUAUGAAUCUUGGCAACAUAGGUUUCUGUUUUCUCAAUUUCUUCUCUAACGAAGUUAUGCCUAAUAUCUAUUUGUUUUAUUAUGUUGUGAAAUUGGUAAUUCUUAGAUAUAUUUUGCUAUAGUUAUCACAAUAUAUUUUGAUUUUUGCUUCUUUGAUUUUGAAAAUAUUCAAUAACUCUUUUUCUCUCAAGGUUUGAAAUAUUCACAUCACAUUUGACUAAAGAGCCUACAUGAAUAUUGAUUGAAAUAUUAGGAAGCUUUUAUUUUUCUUUCGUGCUUCCAUUUUAGCAUUGAUUAACAAAUUUGCAUGGGAGGGUAUUGUGAGCUCUAUUUGAACAAAAAUGUGAUUGAUCACUUCUGCUUUGCUUGUUUUAUGAAGUUUUCUUUCUUAGCUUGAACGUUGUUUCAAAUUUUCAAGUUUUAAAACAUGAUAUAACAAAAGGAAACAUUAACAAGCAAGAAAAGCAGUACACACAUACAUAUAUAUGUGAAUAUGUGAGUCUCAAUUCAUGUAAUUUCGCUGUUAAAUUUUCAAGAAUGAGCUGACUCAAUUGAAUCCCAAUUUUGUUGGUUCCAAUUGCACGAUUGAGUUUGAUUUCUAAAAGAUGUAGGCUAAGAAAAGGAGGUGAGCUAAAAUGAAAUGGAAGAACAAUAACAAAGGGAGCAUUGGACUUGUUGAGAAAUGGGAGACCCCAUGGCUCCCAUUUGUGAAACUUUUGCAAUCGAUGUUAAUGUCGAUCUUGACAGGUAAUGUUAACUUGUUUAAGUUGAGAGGUUGGAAUACUUCAUACAAAUAAGUUUGAUAUAGUCCCUGAUUUAAUGUUGGUUCAGUAGAGAUAUAAAUAUAAGAUCUGAUCUUGGUUCUUUUUGCAUGCAAUUCUUUUGGAAUGUUUUGGAAAAGAAAUUUAAGUUUGUUGAAUUUGAGAUUGGGUGUGCAAAUAAUGUCUUUUUUACAUGAAAUUUUUGAUGAAAUGCAUUUCUCUUUUGUUUAAGUCAAAUUCUUUUUUUGAAUCUUGGAAAUUUUUUUGAUUCAUGUUUCUUUAAUGUUGAAUGGUUUGAAACAAAGUUGGAGGUUGAAAUCUUGGAGGAAUGUUGGGAUGAGGAUUUAGGAAUUAAUUCCUCUUUCUUAGAAGAAUCUGAAUCUAUACAAAGGUCUUCUUCUUAGUUUUCAAUCAUCUGAGGUAAUCUUGUAGGUUCUUUAAUUCUUGAUGGAAAUUCUAAGAUACUCUGAGGUAAUUCUUGCUUUCUUAAUAGGUUUUGUUGUUUGUUUUCAUGUCAUUGUUGAAAAUCUUGAGGUUGUUCUUGAUUGUUCCCAUGCUUGGUUUAUUGCAAGAACUUCUUGAUUGUUUCUUGGUUGAUUAUCCACCAUUCUUCUUAUUGGAUCUAAAACCCAAAUGUCCAUACACAAAGUAAAAUCU